AAAUACGAGCGACCAACGCGCAUCUGUGGAUAAAUCCAAACUACAAAUGUUACUACUUAGGUAGUUGAAGUUGUCGACAAUCCACGAAAAUGACGGAUUCCGAUCACCAGAUGGCGCUAGAAUCCAAAACUUGAAAUUACGUAUCUAUGUCACUCGUAACGGAAGUAAGACAUAACGUACACAACACACGUAUUUUAUCGCAUGUUGCACGUUGGCGCAAUCCGCCGUCGUUCUGUGUGAUGUAUGCUUCACGGGAACAUUUAGAGAAAAGGACAGGGUCACACGGUGUAGGUCGGUUUCAGUUUUUACAACAACUCGUCAUCGAAUUUCAGAAGUCGAAAAAUGAAGAUGAUAAAGAACAAGUCCUUGCCAACUUGGCAAACUUUGCAUAUGAUCCGAUUAAUUAUGAUUACAUACGGCAACUCAAUGUUAUCGAUUUAUUUCUCGAUAUGCUUGAAGAACCAAAAGAAUCAUUUGUGGAGUUUUCUAUAGGCGGCUUGUGUAAUUUAGUUUUAGAUAAACAGAAUAAAGAAUAUAUUAUCGCUAACAAUGGUGUGAAGCUUAUUAUUGACUCAUUGUCACGUUCAAGUGCAGAGAUUAUCAUAUCCGCUGUCACCACCCUAAUGUGGUUAAUCACUCCAUCAACAAAAGCAGAUAUUCUAACUGUUCCAGUAAUUCAAUGUAUGCAGAGAUUAUCGCAGUCUGGCAAUUCAAGAAUAAGUAACUUGGCAGUUAUAUUUUUACAGGAUUAUUGCACUUCAGAUCAGAUACAAUUGGCAGAUGAAGAAUCCAGUGCACUAGGAAUCCCUCUACCAUCACAGCCAGCAACUAGGUGACACUCGAGACAAAAACCGUGAAAUUCAAACAUGUUUCAUCAAGCAUCUGCUGCUUUGAGCUAGCUGCUUAUGACCAAGUUAUAAGUAUUGAUUGAGUUAAAAGCAGCCAUGUUGCCUAAUUACAUGUAUG